AACCCGCAGGCUCGCAGGUUCACAACACCCAGCGGCGGCGCAUCGGUUUCUGGGUGGGUGAGGGAGAAGAAGGGUCUUCCCAAAUUGGGGACGAGCAGGAAAUGGCGAUCGACUCCGGCGGCGGUGGCGGCUGCAGCGGCAGCGGCAGCGGAGCGAAGAAGCAAAGGCUGGUUGAGCUGGAUGACCGAUGUGAGGCGGUGGAAUCGGAUGCGAUCCGGGCAGACCGCAUCUCGGCGCUCCCUGAAGAGCUGCGGCUGCACGUCCUGACGGACCUCCCCCUCAAGGACGCCAUCCGCACGGGGGCGCUCGCUCGCGGGUGGCGCGACCUGUGGAAGCGCCGGUGGGCGCACCGCGCCUCCCUCAAGGUGCACCUCUGCUCCCGCGACGACCCGCGGAGAGAGCUGGACGCCCUGGCGCGCGAGCCGCGCCCGCGCCGCCGCCUCGAGCGCUUCUCCCUGAUCGUCGACACCUCGUACCUCAAGUCCUCGGAGUUCCAGCGCUUUCUCGACUACGCUACCGAGUGCGGCGUCGAGGACCUCCACGUGGAGACGCAGUCGCGCAGCACCACGGCCGCGGCCAAGCUAAAAUUCCACCUGCCACUGUCGAGCCCGGCGCUCGCGCGCCUCUCGCUCCGCGACAUCCCCGUCUCCAUGUUCUACAAGGGCGCCCAGCAGCCCUUCCAAGCUCUGGAGGUCAUCCGGCUCGUAUCGGUCUCCUUUCGCUCGGAGGCUUUCACAAAAAUGAUGGCGCUGUGCCCCAACCUCCUCACUCUCGAUCUGCGGCUCUGCCGCUGCAACGGUUACGGUUGGGUGUUCAACAGGCUGCCGCCGAACCUGAGGAGUCUUACCAUCGCGCGCUGUGAUAGGAUCACCAGUCUGGACUUCGUGCGUGUGCCUACCCUGCGUUCCUUCCGCUACUAUGGCUGCCCCUCCAACUUGCCCUUCUCCAUUCCACGCGAUGCCGUGCUUUCUGAUCUUUAUAUUCAGCUAUACUCAUAUGAUCCAGUACCGAUGAAAGAGUGGAAUAUCGAUAAGUUGAGGAAAUCUCUCCCGGAGGAUUUAUCCAGCCUCGGUGUUCUCACCAUCUGUUACAAAGCCCUCACGGGUGCAUCUGUCUUGCCAGCCGAUGGAGCCAGUGCCCAGUUGACCAAUUUCAACUUACACAGUUUGAAAGAGCUACACCUACGCAUGUUAGAAAUGAAAGCUGUCAACCUAUCCAACCUGUAUCUGUUCCUCAAGACCUUCCAGUGUCCUAAUCUGGAGAGGCUCUUUGUGCAGUUCCCGAACUAUAGAUAUGCGCCCAUGGAAGGUUCUAUUGAUCAGGUGUGGGAAGAACCACCGGAAGUUGGCUUGGACAACCUUGUCAUGGUAAAGGUCAUGAACUUCAACUGGAACCCUGCCGAGGUGCAGCUAGUGAGUUUUCUGUUGAGGAAAGCUAAGUCUCUGCACAAACUGUUAAUAGUUUCUCACAAUGUCACCCCAGUGGAUCUGCCUGAUACACCAGAAGCAGACCUUUCACCUCUCAAAGAAGCUUUGGUCAAUGGAAAGAUAAUGUUUACCAAGUCCGACAAUGCAGCGACUCAACCAUAUCAUGAUGCCUUUAUCAAGGUAUAGUUUAGUUACCAGUCGAGUCAGAGCCCUAUGGAUAGUAAUAUCAGCUUAUCUAGGCAUUAUCCUUUGGUUGUAGUUCUUAUUGAUAAAACGAUAAGAUAUGAAGAACCAAUGUUGUCUCCUUAAUUUGUUUCUUGAAUAUUACUACUAGCAAAAUAUUUAAAAUGCAUGAUGUUCCAGUGUGCUCAUGCUUUGCUAUCCUGGCACCACUUGGAUGAUGUAUUUGACAUAUUGUCCUUAUGAUGAUGAAUCAGAGCUCUGCCGCUUCAUAUUAUCUACCACAACUCAAAUGUGGACUAGAAAUAAUGUUAAUGCUAUAUAUUGCCAUU